AUGAUUUAUACAGGAGGUGCCCCGGAGAGCAACAUGGCUUAUAAUCCGUUUUUUCUCCAAAGACCUACUGACUACAGUUCUCUGUUGGCACAGCAACAUUAUCUGUCAAACAUCGCCCUACACUCUCCAAACUAUGCAGCAUCCCUGCUGCCAAAGCUUCAACAAAGUAUGGGGCGCGGUCCGCUCACCCCCGGGGAUAUAUUCCACCCUCUCCAUCCCCGUCAGCUCCGAAGUCUGGAGCCACCGGAGACGGAUGUCCAAGACGACCCCAAGGUGGAACUGGAAGGCAAAGAUCUUUGGGAACAGUUCCAUAAUAUUGGCACCGAGAUGGUCAUCACAAAGUCCGGCAGACGGAUGUUUCCUCCAUUUAAGGCCCGGGUGUCCGGUCUAGACAAGAGAGCCAAAUACAUUUUAUUGAUGGACAUUGUUCCUGUGGACGAUUGUCGCUACAAGUUUCAUAACUCACGCUGGAUGGUGGCCGGCAAAGCGGAUCCGGAAAUGCCAAAACGGAUGUACAUCCAUCCCGACUCUCCCAACACGGGUGAACAAUGGAUGCAGAAAGUCGUCUCCUUCCACAAACUCAAACUCAGCAACAACAUUUCAGACAAACAUGGGUUUACAAUACUUAAUUCCAUGCAUAAGUACCAGCCUCGUUUCCACUUGGUGCGCGCCAACGACAUCCUCAAAUUGCCAUACUCAACAUUCCAGACCUUUGUUUUCAAGGAGACCGAGUUUAUUGCAGUAACUGCAUAUCAAAACGAAAAGAUAACACAGUUGAAGAUAAACCAUAAUCCAUUUGCCAAAGGAUUUAGAGAUACCGGUGGCGGCAAGCGGGAAAAGAAGAAGCAAGGAGGUGGUCCUUCGCUCUCCCAAUCGUCACAGCAGCAUUCGAUUUCACCGGACAAAGGUCGAGCUGACGAUCUCCAUAGUGAUGACGAUGACAACGAGGAGGCAGAGAUCUGUGUUGAUGAAACUGAUGACAUCACACCUGAUGUCAGCUCUGCUAUGGAACUCAAAGACAUUAUGGAAACAGAAAAAGAACGUCUUGCAUUGAAGACAUCCUCUCCUAUUAGUCACCAUUCCAGUGAUAAUGAAGAGCGAUCACCCCACCCCGCUCCCCGGGAUGAAGUGUUUCGGCCGGACAUAUCUUCUAGUCUAUCCCCGGUAUCAUCUAAUCCUAAUCACAGCCAUUCCGAUGUGUUAAAUAGUACUAUUAGAAGUAGUGUUGACGGCGGCGACAGCAGCGACGAUUCAAUUCGGGACGACCGCCGCUUGUCGCCCAAAUCUUCCCCCAUAUCACAUAAAUCAGAGUCGGAUACGUUACCUAAAACUCCUAAUAGACCACCGAACGUCACAGUUGUUCAACCCUCAGCAACUCACGCAAUGUUUCCAUUUAUGUAUCCUUCUGCAGGACUUUUUUCAUCAUCAUCGUCGUUACCGUUCCCAUUGGGGCAUAUGUUUUUCAACUCCAAUGGUUCAUCACUUCCGUUCGCAACUCAGUUACCGUUCUUCUCCUCAGGACAGACCGACAUGAACAACCUCCCCGCUAACCACCCAUUGUCUCUAUCACUCAAUGGUCUUACGCCACCUCGUGGUGCUCACAAUCUACUUCAACCCGCGUUUUCAACCGGAAGUUCAUCACUACAAGGAAAUGGAAGCCUAUCGCCCUCUGACGGCCCUAGCCUCGGGCCAAUUUUCCCUUCUCGUUCUAAUCCUCGUUUCACACCAUACUCACUACCGUCCACAAAGACUACCAUGGCUACGUCGACAUCACCGAUAUCGGCCACCGGACAUCCGCUCCGGGAUUCAGCCGUCAGUCCAGGAACUGUCUCUCCGCGCAUGAACGGGAUGUCUAGUGCUACGUCAUCAACAGUGAGAAGUCCUAUCUCUCUGAACAUUCCGUCUGCGUUUGACACGAACAAUCACAGCAAUGAACUCAGGAAUAUGGAGCGCAUGCUCAGUGGGCUAGAAAGACAUCGUCUGUAUGGAAUGGCUUCGUCAGAAAAAUGA